AUGCUGAAAUUUCAUAAUUCGGACCUAUGGAUUGCUUGGCUGGUCUUCUUUUGUGUGAACGUGUGUGUGUAUGCGCUAGAAGUGACGGUCAGUCAGAGCAGUGUCCAGGUGGCCAGAGGUCAGGCGGCCGUCUUGCCCUGUACUUUCAGCACCAGCGCCGCUCUCAAUAAUCUCUACAUCAUAUGGAUGGUCACACCGCUAGCCAACGCCAACCAGCCGGAGCAGGUGAUCAUCUACCAGAGUGGUCAGGUAUUCAGUUUAGCCAAUCACAUGAAUGGGCGUGUGGGUUUCGUGUCCACCAUGCCCAGCACAAGUGCCUCCAUCUUCAUCAAUAACACUCAGCUGUCGGACACCGGGACGUACCAGUGCCUGGUCAACAACCUGCCGGACCGCGGAGGACGCAAUAUAGGAGUGAUCGGCCUGACGGUGCUCGUUCCUCCAUCCAUCCCGUCGUGUCGUGUCCAGGGCUCUCUGGACGUGGGCAGUGAUGUGAUGCUGUUGUGCGGUUCGGAUGAAGGAAUCCCGACGCCCACCUACGCCUGGGAGAAGCAGGAGUCGGUGCCCAAACUGCCCCACAAUGCCAUGCAAGAUCAGAUGCAGGGAACGGUGACGCUCAGAAACAUCAGCAGCAGCACAUCUGGACUCUACCAGUGCACAGCAUCAAACGCCAUCGGGAGAAGCACCUGCGUCCUCAACCUGCAGGUCACCGCACCUCAGCCUCAGAGUGUGGGUCUGAUCGCGGGCACCAUCGCCACUGGUGUUCUGGCUCUGAUCAUCUGCAGUUCGCUGGUGUUGGUCUCGCUCUUCUACUGGAGGAACAAGAACAAAUAUGAGGAGGAGGAGAUUCCCAAUGAGAUCAGGGAAGACGAUCUCCCUCCGAAGCGAUCCUCAUCGGUGAAAGCGUUUCAGGCGGACGCCUCGUCUUCAGAGAACGACACUCUGACGUCCACCAACACCUACAACAGCCGCUACUGGCACAACCCCAAACCCAACUACGACACCAACUCCUACACACGCUACAACGGCGACACACGGCAGACCUUCAGCGCCAGCGCCCCUGCAAGGCCAGCGUACACUAACGGCAGCCACACGCUGCCCCCGCCCAAAACUCUGGUGGUCACCACGAACUCCGCGCCCUCACCACCCGUCAUCGCCCGCAGCAAUGGAUCACUAAGCUUGCGAACGCCCGCCGCUAGCACUACGCCGGCGCCGGCGGCACACGGACAGCAGCACACACACUCAUACGCAGUCAGUCAAGCUACGCUAGAGCGCAUGGGUGCUGUACCCGUCAUGGUGCCCGCGCAGAGCAGAGCCGGCUCGCUCGUCUGA